AUGAUCGCAGAGAAAUCAGUUUUAGAUCAUAUUGAAUCUUCGAUACACCAAGCGCUAAAACCUAUUUGUAAUUUAUGUAACAUUACAAUUGAUUACACGCAGAAUGCUGUUGCUGAUCACAAAAACAGUGAAAAGCAGUUGGCAGAACUGUAUACACAUUAUCAUCUGCAACUAAAUUCUGACGACAUAACUAAUGUCAGAUUUAAAUGUAACGUAUGUAACACUUAUAUAGAUGUGUCCCAAUCAAAAUCGCACGUUGAGAGCGCGUCUCAUCACACGAAACUAUACUCUAUGCUAUCUAGCAAUAACAUUGAGGAAGAAGAUGACAAAUAUGUCUGUAAUGGCCACAACCGCCUUGCAUCAUACUGCGUUUUGUGCAAUAAAAAUAUAGUGACUAAAAAUGGUCAUAUAACAUCAGAUGCUCAUGUCAACAUACUGAAAAAAGCAAUUGCUGAUGGAGCUAAAACAAAGAAAAAUAAUAAUCCUGCAAACAGUAUUGCCAACACAAAAAAGUCAAACAAAAGACAAACAUAUUGCAACCCUUGUAAUAGAUAUAUAGACUCGCAUAACUUUGAGGCUCACACCAAGGGUGCAAUUCAUAAAAAUAAUGCAAAAGCUGUAAAUGCAUCUAAAAGCAAUACGGGACAAGAAGGCACUGAGGGAGCAAUUGAAAAUUUACCAAACAAAACUUACUGUGCUCCAUGUAAUAUACAUAUAGAGACAAAGAAUUUCAGCUCCCAUUUAAAUGGCCAAAGACAUCAAUCUAAUAUAGAUAUAACGCCAAACGAAAAUCCUUGGAAUACAACCAAGUAUUGUGAAACAUGCAAAGUUCACGUAAAAACGAAGGAUUUUUUGACACAUGAAAAUAGCAUGAUCCAUAUGCAAAGAGUUUUCGAUCCCUCUGCAUUAGCUCAUAUGGAUAAUACACCGGGACAUUUGUUCUUCUGUAGAAUUUGUUGUGUGAAAAUAACUAAAUCGCCUAAGACCCUCAAUGAACAUGUUAUUGGCGCAAACCAUGUCGGCGGUUACGAAUCAAUACUUAAUUCAAACAAAAUCAUUAAAUACAAUAAACAUUUUUAUAAUUGCAACGUGUGUAAAACAAUGAUCGCAGAGAAAUCAGUUUUAGAUCAUAUUGAAUCUUCGAUACACCAAGCGCUUAAACCUAGACGUAUAUGUAAUUUAUGUAACAUUACAAUUGAUUACACGCAGAAUGCUGUUACUGAUCACAAAAAUAGUGACACUCACAGAAAGCAAUUGGCAGAACUGUAUACACAUUAUCAUCUGCAACUAAAUUCUGACGACAUAACUAAUGUCAGAUUUAAAUGUAACGUAUGUAACACUUAUGUAGACGUGUCCCAAUCAAAAUCGCACGUUGAGAGCGCUUCUCAUCACACGAAACUAUACUCUAUGCUAUCUAGCAAUAACAUUGAGGAAGAAGAUGACAAAUAUGUCUGUAAUGUAUGUUCUGUUAUUAUUGAAAAUAAAAAAGAAUUGAAACAUGUGACUACGCAAUUUCACAUAAAACAGUUGUCUGCUGUUUAUUAUUGUCCUAUUUGCGAUGUCAGAGUUCCUAACAAUGAAAAAAAUAUUAAAAGUCAUGAACAAGGAUACAACCAUCAAAUGAAUCUUGCAGAUAGCGAUGAUGACUAAUUUUUAUUUGUCUGUCAGUCAGGUAGAUAAUAGGGAUGACGACUGGGUAAAAAAAAUGCAAUUCUGUUUAGUCCGUCAGUCAGAUAAUAGAAAAAUAUUAGAUACGUAUUUUUUUUUUACUUCAAUUUAACAAGAAAUAGCUUAGAUAACAGGCAUUAAAGUUGAGGAUUGGGGCUCGCUACGUCACAGUUUUGUAGAAAACUUACCAAAAUAUGACGUCAUGCGAAAUUUCAACUCCAUGUAACGCCGUAAUUUAAUUACGAAAUAAAAAACUACGCGUUUAAUAUUUUUAACACUACCUGACGGACAAACAAACAAAAAUUAGUCGUCAUCCCUAUUGAAGAAUAUUAAACACGCAUUUUUUGUAUAAACAAUAAAUUACGGGGGAGUUGAAAUAUUAUAGCUGUGACUUUGACUCUUCUCGACUUUAUCUGACAUCUGACUGGUGGACUAAAUAGAAUUCCUUUUUUUUUACCCAGGCAUCAUAACUAUUUUGAAUUUUUCGAGACAAUCAGAGCCCAGAAUUUGUGAUAUAAAUAAUUUUUAUAUGUUAUAACAUAUUAAAAUUAUACUUCUGUGUUAUAAAAAGUUUGGCUUUUAAUGUAACGACGAAUUUAUCUCGAGUGACAAGGUGCAUUAUCGGUCAUUUGCACAAACGUCCAUUAAGGUUUAAUGACGCCCUUAAGCUCUAAUGAAUGUCAAAUUUGUAUAAGUAAUGUAGCUUUAGACUAAUGAAAAUCUAAAUGUAUGUUUGUGCAACUGGCUAUAUGACUGCUAUAUAUAAUAAAAUAUUUGAUGUAAGUAUGUAAUAAGUUUUUUUUUUAUUCUAGAAUUUUGAUACUUGUUUUUUGAUUUGUUGACGGUAGUUAUUUUUUGUUAUUAUUAUUUAAGUGUUAUUAGAUUAUUAUAAAACAUUCCAUUGAAUUAUAUGCCCGAUUUACUUUACUCCAGUUGAGCAAAAGUAUUCCAAUAUAAUUAUAUAUAUCCGUUGAUAUUUAUCAGCGAACUAUGGUUUAAUUAAACUUUUACAGGGGGGGUUAUUUUCUAAUUCUAAAAUCUACCGC